AUGUUACGGUCUCUCCCCAUUCUACUCCUCCACUCCGCGCUCUCCUGCAAGCCGACCCCAUCUAGGCUCCUCUCCUCCUCCUUCGCCGCCGCCGCCGCGGCUGCCACCGGCUCCAUUGCGCGGGGCGGCGGGGCGCAUGGCACCGUCUCGGCCGUGCUGGAGAUCGUGGGGCCCAUCGAGCUCCUCUUGCCGUCCUCCGAGGCGCGCCUCUACGUGCGCCUCCUGCGCCGCUGCGCGCUCGACGCGCUCGCCGCCGGCGCCGGCGCCGUCCACGGGCACGUCCUCAAGCGUGGCUUCGCCCCCGACACGCUCGUCUCCAACGUCCUGAUCGACACCUACGCCAAGGGCGGCUCCCUGGCGGCCUGCCGCCACCUGUUCGACGAAAUGCCUCACAGGGACGUGGCGUCCUGGUGCACCGUCAUCUCCGCGCACGCCAGCCGGGGCCUCUGGGUUGAUGCCAUCGGGGUGUUCAAGGGGCUGUUGUCCUCUGAGGUGAAGCCAAACCGGUUUGUCAUCUCGGCGACGCUGAAUGCAUGUUCCAGGUCUGGUGUCAUGGAGCUGGGGCUCAUGGUACAUGGAUUGGUGAUCAAGUCUGGAUUGGGUGUUGAUAGGUUUGUGGAGGUUGGAUUCGUCGAUAUGUAUGCGAAAUGUGGCAAUGUAGGCUGCUCUUUUAGGUUCUUCAGUGAAAUUCCGGUGAAGAGCUCAGUUGCUUGGAAUGCAGUGAUUUCAGGUUUUAUUGAGAAUGGCUGUGUUGUGGAGGCUGCUGAGCUUUGCAAGGAUAUGCAUAGAGUUGGCAUUGCAAUGGAUGUGGUGACAUUGAGGUUAGCUGCUGGCGUCGCUGCUUUUCUUAGAAUGUUUGAGCUUUGCAGGAAUGUUCAUGUUUAUGCACUUAAAGUGGGGUUGGGAAGAGAUUGUUAUGUUCUGUCUGAGCUGGUUAAGUCAGCCGGGAGGGUAGGUGAUACGCAGUACAUUGGACAGCUUGUUGCUGCAGCUAGAAGGCGUGAUGCAUCUUUGUAUUCUUUAGCUAUAUCAGGCUAUCACUCAAAUGGUUGCCAGGAUGAAGCAGUGAAGCUAGUUGAACAUCUUCUUUCUUCAGGCCUCAGUUUAAGGGAAGGGGAUCUGGUCACCGUUCUAGAUGUUUGUCAUAUCAAAGAGGAAGUUCAGCAAGUGCAUGCUUAUACAUUGAAAUCUGGAUGCUUCAGUUAUAUUAAUGUAUGUAAUGCUCUUAUAUCGGUAUACUCUGAAAUAGGAUCAUUGAUGCAUGCUGAAGCAAUCUUCAAAACUUCAGAGUCACGAGAUGUUGUAUCAUGGGCUGCAGUCAUGGCAGGCUGUGUCAAGAACCUCCAAUUUGAAAAAGCAUUUGGUUAUUUUAGAGGGUUAAGAAAUUCUGGAGCACUAUUAGAUCAGCACUGUGUUGCUACUAUCAUAAAUUCAUGCACAGGACUUGAAGACAUGGAUAAGGGAGAGCAGAUUCACGCUCUGGCUCUUAAAGUUGGGAUAUUGGUUGCUGACUUUGUUAGUGCUUCCCUAGUGAACAUGUAUGCAAAAUGCCAUCAUAUUAAGUGUGCUGCUGAGCUUUUCUCCCACACACCUUUUCCGAGAAAUCUAGUUUUAACUAAUGCGAUGCUCUCGGGGUAUUGCUGGAAUUUAAUGCCAGAGAAAGCUCUUCUGCUCUUCUGCAGUGAAUAUCGUUCUGGUCUGCACCCUGAUCAUUUCACUUGCUCAACUGUUCUCAGUGCAUGCACUGAUAUAGGAGCAAAGGAGGCUGGUGAACAGGUUCAUGGCUAUCUUGUAAAGAUUGGUUCUGAAUACAUGGAUGCCAUUGUUGGAAAUGCUAUCAUAGACCUUUAUGUCAAGUGUGGAUGCAUUGCCAGUGCUUGUAGUUUUUUCCAUAGCAUGAGAAGUUGGAGCAUAAAUUCAUAUGCAAUGCUAAUGUUGGGCUACAUUCAGAACAGAUGUAGUGAUGAAGCUCUUCAUCUUUUCUCCAAAAUGCAGCACAGUGGAUUGCGUGCAAACCGUGUUACCUUUGCAAGGAUUUUGCGUGGAUGUGCUGACCUAUGUGCUAUUGAUUUAGGGAGACAAGUGCAUGCUUCUAUUGUAAAGAUGGGUUUGAUCUCUGAUGUAUAUGUCGCAAAUGCACUUGUAGGAAUGUAUAAAAGAUCUGACGGUUUGAUGGAACCAAGAAGAGACUCUCAAGAAAUUUUGGCAGGAAAUGGUCCAGAACAGAAUACUGAAGAUAGCUGCUAUUCAGAACAAAGGGAUGGAAGUAGCGACCUUGAAGAAAUUGGGCUGUUUACGUUGGAAGAAGAGAAAAAUCAUGAAGCUUAUGCUGAUGUGCGGAAUAUUUCUAUUGGUGCUGCUUCUCAGUACUACGGAACUCCACUUCCCAUCCAUGUGGUUGGACAGGAACUUAGGAUGAACACUAUCAUGUGGAGUGGAAGAAAUGAGAAGGGCAGUGAAAGCAAUGUUUUUCUAGAUACACAAUAUCAGGGAAACAGAGGUGGAUCUCACAAGCUGUUUAGCUUGUUACACGUGCACAGCACUGGAUCUGACCAAUUCGUCCUAGUUGUCUUCAUUGACAAUAGCCUUAAGAUAGAGGAUACAAGAUUUGUUAAUACCGAGUUAAUAAGAUCUGGUGUUGCACCAGCACUCGGCAUUCCUCCUUGA